AUGGAGGCUUCUCCUUUGACGCAGCAGGCGCGCCCUGAGGUCUUCCAGCAGAAGAUUGUCCAGCUGUACCAGGCCCUAUUCAAGGACGAGCUCGAUCCCGAAAACGACGACGACAAGCCCGAGGGCUUCUGGCGAGAAUUCUUUCUCUUGAAUCCCGAUCGACCAACUUUGCAGCGCAUAUUAGGAGAGCUAAGCCCCGACGAGCUACUCGCCCUUCACUCGCAGACGAGGCAACUGUUCUCGCGGGCAGUGGAUUGUCUCAAGAAAGGAACAGGAAAUGCGAGCUUACACGCGUUGGAGACCCUGACCACAUUCUUCUCCGCUGUCUUGCCCAAGAAAUACACGAACCCCAGCUCGGAUAUAAUUGCCGUCCUUGCAGGGCUCGACCAAGUAGAUCACAUAUUCACAGAGUUCGUCGCAGCGUUGGACGCCAUCAUCCGAAAUGGAGAUAGUUUGGACCUGCGCCAGAGAGCGGUUGAAGUGGUCUUGGCCAUAACUUCAGGCGCCUAUCAGACGAGCCUCCUGACCUACUUCAUCCACAGGGACCUGUUCCCAGCGAUCAUGAAGUUUAUCCAAGAUUCGGACACUCCCUCCCGAGUUCUCGAACCCUUCACAUUAUUAGGUCUACUAGCGAACUACAACAAGUUCGAGUUCCAGAACCCUUACCAGCUUCGCCUCAAUGACUUCGUCAAUGAGGCCGCCAUCCAAAAGGUCAUCAAGUGUGUCGGCAUGACUUGUCGACAUCUGAGAAACCAGUACAUUAAUAUACAAGAGGAUCUACCCGAAGGCUGGACUUUGGCCAACACUCUGGGUAUGCUGAAAUUAGGAGCUUUUGCCCCUGGUGCCAAGGCGAGUCAAAAGAAGCCGGUAUACGACGCCGAAGUAGCGAAGCAACUGUUUGCAAAACUUCCUGGUGAAGAUGCAGCUGUGCUUUUGGGCUCGUACGAUUUUACUCAUGCCAACAAGCUUUUCUGCUUCAACCUGGUCUCUUUACCCGCCGAUAAAGGCGAGGAACAGCCUAUAUCAAGUCUGAUAUCUCUCACAUCUUAUCUUCUUCAGCAUGCCUUCCUCUCCAAUCGCGCAACGAAUUAUGCACACCUUAGCCUCAUGAUUUUCAGGCUGCUCAUCGAGGACCAAGUGCUCUGUAAGCGUAUAUGCAGCGAGGAGAGCAAAGUUGCUGUGCGUCUAUGUCGGCAGAGACAACCGUACCUGCCCAUGGUCCGUGGCGAACGGAUAAUUGCUACCAGUAUACUUGAUACCAUGGUUGACGGAAUCAACCACAACUUACGGCGGCGGCUGGAUGUCAGCCUAUACAACCUGUGCACCGGCAUCAUGCUACGCAUUAUUUCGUAUCUAUCUCGGUCACGAACGCGGCUACAGUACCACUGGUCGGAGCUCUUCCGGUCCCUCCUAGCCUUGAUUCGCUUCCUGACUAGCUACGCGUCGGAUUUGAAGGAUCUAUCCCACAUCGAGACACUCUUGGAUCUAGUAGUUAAUCUCCUGGCUUUGUCACUCUCCUCGGGCGAAGCCUUCCUCCCCACGCCGGCAGCCUAUGACGAUCUGUUUUACAAGACCGUGGAAAGCGGUGAUGUUUUAGUCAAAUUCCAGGACACCUACGGGCUGGCCAACAGGCCAUCCAAUUCCAUCGGGACGCUGGUGAGUGUGAGCACGCAUUACAAGUCAAUGCUGGAGUCAGGUGGUUCCAAGAAGAACCUUACCAGUUCGGAGGUCGCGGAGGUGAUCAAGCAAGGCUACGAGACGUUGAGCAUCCAGGCUAAGGAAGGUCUCGAUGGCUGGGAACGGUACAGAGAGGCAGAUGAGAGGAGUGUGCUGAAAAAGAUGGCUCGCGCAACGGUGGGCGACGUCAAGGUCAUGGUCGAAGCUUGA